UUACAUGAUAUUAAUAAUUGUUAACUUUUUAUUUCCUUUUACCGUUUUAUUAAUUGUUAUUUACCUUUUUCUUUGUUUAUGUUAUCUGUUAAACAUUUUAUUAAGUAUAUCAAUAACAAGAAGUAUACUUUGCAGUUAGGUUACAUCAAGAUGGUUUGGAAGUGCUGCGUACCUGAGUGCAAGUCUUCGUGGGAAAUGCCAGUCCAUCGUUUUCCUGUGGAUCCUGCCAGGAUAGAACGUUGGCUGAUAGCCAUACAUAAAACUGAUUUGAUUGGUGCACCUAAGGAAACAUUGGCGAAAUUAAGAAUUUGUACGGAACAUUUUUCUGAAGAUAUGGUACUGCCUUAUGGGCGUAGCCGACGCUUAACCGAUAAUGCAGUACCAAAUUUAAAUUUGCCUUUAGACAUUGUUGAGCAUGUUAAUGAUAAUGUAGUUGUAAACGUAAAUUUUGAUGAGCAUGUGAAUUUAGUGGAAAAUGUUCCGGACAAUUCUGAUUUUGUGCCACUGCCCAUUGUCAUGGGUGAAGAGGACAUUCGACCGGAAAGAAGAGAUCAUCGCAUGCUGAGAAGAAAAUUGAGGACACAACAGAAGAUGCUACAUAAGAAGAAACGGAUUAUUUACAACCAACGUCAAGAAAUCAACAGACUGCGACGUGGGAACAAAUGGGAAGAUGCGACGAAGGAUAUGUCAACCAUCCAGAAGAUUUUCCUCGAAAUGUUGACUACAAAUUUGAAAUGUGCUCCACAGGUAUGUUUUCCAUUAUUAUAAUAUUAUCAGUGUCACGUCCAAGAAGCUAUUUUGCUUAUGGACAUGUCAAUUUAUAUAUUAAAAUAUAACAUGUAAUAUUAAUAUUAUUUAAGAAUUCGAAGGUAAUUGACAUAAUUUUUAUCUUAAUAUCGAACAUAAGUAACAGGCAAAUUAUUAUUUAUAGUAUGGGUUUUAAUAUGAACGUAUGUUUGUAACGAAGAUAGACACUGAACUCAUUUUCAAGUCCAUCUCAAAAAGCUACAAUAAAUAAAGUUUUUUCACGAUUACAACGUUGGAAGUAAACUUUUACAAACACAUUUUUUCUAUUACUUUUUCCUUCCAUUACUUUUUUCUUAGAA